UUUUACUGGUAGAGCUGUGUGCUGCACUGUCCCAGCGAAGUUACAAUCCUUUAGGAAAAUCAGCAGUAUUUAUCAUUACAGAUAUUAAGAUGAGCACAGAUGGUGUAGAACACUCGGAGGCUCACCAUGAACAAGCAGACAUUGAACAAAGACAAAUCAAGACAGAGGACCUCAAUGACUCUCCCCAUGCGGUCUCAUCACAAAAAACAUGUCACCUGACACAAGGAUCCCCAAUACCUGGUGGCCAGGCUGGCCAGCUAUCAGUGGAACUCCCCUCCCUCCACACCAUGCAGCAGCUGGUGCUUAUGCCAGCCUCUCACCACCUCUCAUCGACCUCCUCCUUCCUCCUCUCUCAGACACAACACACAGGGCACCAAGCACUUCUGCAGCAGAACCUCCACAACUUUCCCACCCAGAGCCAGUCAGGUCUCCUGCAACACCAGCCUGGGUUAGCACUGACACCUCAGGCCAUGAGUCGGUCGGGCCUGACGUCGUCGGUCAUGGAAGGACACCUGGACAUGUCCCACCUGCAGGUCCCCAAACACAUCGGGGCCCCCCAGCAGGACGAUCCCAGUGACCUAGAGCAGCUGGAACAGUUUGCCAAGGCCUUCAAACAGAGACGCAUCAAACUGGGCUUCACCCAGGGUGAUGUAGGCCUGGCUAUGGGGAAGCUGUAUGGGAAUGACUUCAGCCAGACUACCAUCUCCCGCUUCGAGGCACUCAACCUGAGCUUCAAGAACAUGUGCAAGUUGAAGCCGCUACUGGAGAAGUGGCUGAGCGACGCAGAGAAUUCUCCCUCUGACUCUAUGGCCAACGUUGCCUCUCUACCACCCCUGAUCGAAGGCUAUGGAAGGAAAAGGAAAAAGAGAACAAGCAUUGAAACCAACAUCAAGCUCACCCUGGAGAAACGCUUCCUUAACAACCCCAAGCCUAACUCAGAGGAGAUCAUGCUGAUCUCAGAGCAGCUGUCUAUGGAGAAGGAGGUGGUGCGUGUGUGGUUCUGUAACCGCAGACAGAAGGAGAAGAGGAUCUACUGCCCCAUGUCCACCUCACCAAUGAAACCACAUAACUUCCACUCCAGAAUGGCCUCCACAUCCAGAUCAUACAGCCCUUUUGCUUCAGGAGGAGUGUCAUCGAGUUCCUCUCCUAAUAGUCCUAGUCGUGGGCCGUCGCCCGGCACACUCUCGUCUGGCUCCACUGCUCUGACCUCCCAGGUCAACCAAUCCUUCAGCUCACCAGGGUCGUGGUAUCACACAUGGAACCCUAUGCCCUAUCACCACUGAGAAAUCCUGCCUGUUGUGGAAGAGAACUAAAACUACCGAUGUCAAUGAAGGGAAACAGAAAUGGAUACAAACCAUCAGACACACAUAAUGUCAAAUGUCAUAUGCAAUAUUUGGUCCCGCUUUAAAUUAUGUUCAAAUUAUAAACGCUUCAUAAUGCCUUCAUAAGCACUACAUACAUGAG